GCACUGACGUCACAACAAGUGAAAGAAGGAAGCAAAGCUCUCUGUAUGAGCUGUCAUUAACUAGUUGUAGAGACAGUCAGGGAAAACCUCUAAAGACAGCGCAGGGUCUGGUUACACACGAGCAACGCUCCCGUUGCCUGAAACAAAUAGAGUAGUAGUACAGAUCAAUUGGGAAGCACACACCCAAAGCGGAGCACGGGAAAUAAGGCUGCCAUGGCUGAUGUUAUACAAAUCAACGAGUCGUCUUCAUCUGACGUUGCGAACCGAUUCGCUCGCAAAGGCGCUCUACGGCAGAAAAACGUCCAUGAAAUAAAGAACCAUAAAUUUAUUGCCAGAUUCUUCAAGCAGCCGACCUUCUGCAGUCACUGCACGGACUUCAUCUGGGGUUUUGGAAAGCAAGGUUUCCAGUGUCAAGUUUGCUGCUUCGUGGUCCACAAGAGGUGCCAUGAGUUCGUCACUUUCUCCUGUCCCGGCGCUGACAAGGGUCCUGACACCGACGACCCCAGAAGCAAACACAAGUUCAAGAUCCACACCUAUGGAAGCCCCACCUUCUGCGACCAUUGCGGCUCUCUGCUCUACGGACUCAUCCACCAGGGGAUGAAAUGCGACACGUGCGACAUGAACGUGCACAAGCAGUGCGUGAUGAACGUGCCCAGCCUGUGCGGCACGGACCACACCGAGCGGCGCGGACGGCUCUUCCUCACGAUCGAAGUCACCGAGGAGACCAUGAAGGUGACGGUGGGGGAGGGCAGAAACCUGAUCCCCAUGGACCCGAACGGGCUGUCGGACCCCUACGUCAAGCUGAAGCUCAUCCCCGACCCCAAGAACGAAACCAAGCAGAAGACCAAGACCAUCCGCUCCUGCCUCAACCCCACCUGGAACGAGUCCUUCAACUUCAAGCUGAAAGCCUCAGAUAAGGAUCGCAGGCUGUCUGUGGAGAUCUGGGACUGGGACCGCACCACCAGGAACGACUUCAUGGGCUCCCUGUCCUUCGGCGUGUCAGAGCUGAUCAAGUCACCCGUGUGCGGCUGGUACAAGCUGCUGAACCAGGAGGAGGGCGAGUACUACAACGUGCCCAUCUCUGAGGAGGACGACGGGAACCUGGAGCUCAGGCAGAAGUUUGAGGACUGCCAAAUUAAUUUCCACUUCCUCAAGAAAGCCAAGCUCGGGCCGGGGAAGAAAGUGAUCACGCCUUCGGACGACGACCGGAGCCUGCCCUCCAACAACAUCGACCGCGUCAAACUCACCGACUUCAACUUCCUGGCCGUGCUGGGGAAAGGCAGUUUUGGCAAGGUGAUGCUCGCGGAGAUGAAGUCCACGGAAAAGCUGUACGCCAUUAAGAUCCUGAAGAAGGACGUGGUGAUCCAGGACGACGACGUGGAGUGCACCAUGGUGGAGAAGAGGGUCCUGGCACAGAGGGACAAGCCCCCGUUCCUCACCCAGCUGCAUUCCUGCUUCCAGACUGUGGACCGCCUCUACUUCGUCAUGGAGUACGUAAAUGGGGGAGAUCUCAUGUACCACAUCCAGCAAGUCGGGAAAUUCAAGGAGCCUCAGGCAGUGUUCUACGCAGCAGAGAUCGCUGUUGGGCUGUUUUUCCUGCACAAGAAGGGCGUCAUUUACAGGGAUCUGAAGCUGGACAACGUCAUGCUGGACCACGAGGGCCACAUCAAGAUCGCCGACUUCGGCAUGUGCAAGGAGAACAUUUUCGAGAACGUGACCACGCGCACCUUCUGCGGCACCCCGGACUACAUCGCUCCCGAGAUUAUUGCAUAUCAGCCAUAUGGUCGGUCAGUGGACUGGUGGGCGUAUGGAGUUCUGCUGUAUGAAAUGCUGGCUGGACAGCCUCCUUUCGACGGUGAGGAUGAGGACGAGCUCUUCCAGUCUAUCAUGGAGCACAACGUAUCAUACGCCAAGUCCAUGUCCAAAGAGGCGGUGUCCAUCUGCAAAGGCCUGAUGACCAAACACCCGUCCAAGCGGCUGGGCUGCGGGCCGGAGGGCGAGCGGGACAUCCGGGAGCACGCCUUCUUCCGCCGCAUCGACUGGGAGCGGCUGGAGAACAGCGAGAUCCAGCCGCCCUUCAAGCCUAAAGUGUGCGGCAAAGGGGCGGAAAACUUCGACAAGUUCUUCACCCGGACCCAGCCCAUGCUGACGCCGCCCGACCAGCUGGUCAUCGCCAACAUCGACCAGUGCGAGUUCGCAGGCUUCUCCUUCAUCAACCCGCAGUUCACGCACCCUGCCGUGCACAGCGUGGUAUGAGGGGAGGGCCCGGCACGAGCGCUGGAACGCCCCACCAAGAGAAAACCCAACUGCCCGCCCCCUUCCCCCCGACCCACCCACCACCACCCCACCACC